AGACGAGUCGAUCAUGGCACGAACCAAGCAGACCGCCCGUAAGUCCACCGGAGGCAAAGCCCCCAGGAAGCAGCUGGCCACCAAGGCUGCCCGUAAGAGCGCCCCGGCCACCGGCGGCGUGAAGAAACCUCACCGUUACAGGCCCGGUACCGUGGCUCUGAGAGAGAUCCGUCGCUACCAGAAAUCCACGGAGCUGCUGAUCCGCAAGCUGCCCUUCCAGCGUCUGGUGAGGGAAAUCGCUCAGGACUUCAAAACCGAUCUGCGCUUCCAGAGCUCUGCUGUUAUGGCUCUGCAAGAGUCCAGCGAGGCUUACUUGGUGGGUCUGUUCGAGGACACCAACCUGUGCGCCAUCCACGCCAAGAGGGUCACCAUCAUGCCCAAAGACAUCCAGCUGGCCCGUCGCAUCCGCGGAGAGCGAGCUUAAACCUUUUGAUUCUCCUCACACAACAACGGCUCUUUUAAGAGCCACCACACUUUGUCAAAAGAACUUGAUUCAUUUUGUGGCUCUCAGUCUGCAUAAAGAAAGCAGAUAAAUGAAGAAUGACUAAUAGUUCUGAAUUGACAUUCUAGUCAUUCUAAAAAGUUUAUUUCCAAAGAAUUGUUAAUGGAGCUUCCACAGAAUAUAUAUGAUUGAACCAUUAGAUCUUCUGAUACGAACACCAAACACUUGGCUAGUGAGUUAUAAAUCUACCCUAAUGGGGAUAUCAGAACCGUGGUUUUUUAUGCAGUGAUGCUUGUGGUAAUAAUUUGCAGAAGUACGGGAAUACAUUUUGUUUUAAUAUAAACUGAUGCCGCAGAUCAUGUGUGGUAGAAGCACAACUUUGCUGUUUUAUAUGAAUAAAUGAAUGAACUGGUCUGUUUGCAGCACAGUGUUUGUAAGAGCCCAAAGUGUGUGUGUUGUUUAAUUGGACCUCCUUAUGUUGAGGACGUAUUGUAAUUGGAAAUAUGUUGACGUGACGCACCAUUUACCGCGUCAUGUUUUACCAACAGGUGAUUCCCGAUAGGAGCUGAUUAGGCACUUGUGCAGUUUUUCUACCAUGUGACGGAAUGUUUUAUUUUGUGUAUUUAAUAAACUUUAUUUAAUGCGUCAAUCUGAACAAACGUAAGAUCUCUUGUCAUUCGCGUCAAAAAAACAAAUUAAAUGCGCCCGCAGCUCAAUAGCGGCUUAGAAAUGCAUGUCUGUCAAAGGAACGCCGCUAUAGUGUUUAUUCAUGUGUUAGAAUCUCACACUAUCAACAGGUAUCUAAGUAUUAAAAAUGUUCAGAGGUUAUAAUAAAAAGCACUUCAGUGGGCCAUGAUUGUUUUUUUGCCCAUUAUGUUGGUGUAAAACCUUCAUUGAUGUUAAAUGUGGGGCCUUUAUCAUAUUCAAAAAGUUGUUAAAUUUGGAAUGGAUAUCUGGACUGGUUGAAAGUCUUUUGGUCUCACAUUAGCGUAUAAAUAAUUGUCUCUAUUGCACCCUCUAGAAAUUUAAAAAAGACCACACUAGGCCAGUUUCCGCCCCCGAUGUCCAAUCAACUUGAAAGUUGGCACAAAGGUGCUCUUCGGCAUGCUCUACAAAAAGUCAUUCAUGGUAUGCAAAUGCACCUAACUAGAUGUUCCGCCAUUUUGAAAUUAGUGAAAAAACACAUUCUUGGGAUUUUCUCCUAAACGCUAAGUUUGAUUGUCAUGAAACCUUUGGUGGAUGGUUAUUGCUUCAAUGUGCCCUUGAUAUAUCAGAAAUGUACUGAUAACUCAUUGUUUUGAUGAAAUAUGGGCUUAUUAACUUUGCAAGGGGUGUGGCUUAAUCUGUCAGAUUUUUAACUUCCAAAUGACUUGGCCUGCCCUCACCGACAUAGCAUGUGAAACCAUUGAAGCCCUGAGCACACCCACAUUUCUUCAUAAUUUUUGAAGAAUAGAGGGCGCUGUAAUUAAUGUUAGAAAAUCUGCCUUUUUGGCCUGUUUUUUGCCUAUUUUCAUAAUUUCUUGCAACUGUAAAAGACCAAACUCCUCCCAGGGAUUAAACCCGAUUCUUUUCAAAUACACGCAGUGUGUUCUUGAGACCUUGGCUUCUAAUAGUCGCAUUUUGCCAGAAGAAAUAUUAAACUAUAUGCAUAGGGGGCAAUUUUGAAGUUGAAUUACACACCUUCUAUUUAUAACCUGAAAAUGAUUUUAACGGAAACCGUACAGCUCAUGAAAGGUAUUUUGAGAGGCUUUCAUUUUGGAAUGGUAGAUCAGAAUGCCCUGGUUAUGUGUUGACAGAACAGGUCUAAGAACAUGAUAAUGUUAAAGAUAAUGUUUGCAAGGAGUGCAAGGAGAAGAGUGG